UUUUCCCUGAGACCGAGAAGAAAGCCUUACAUUUCACCUUAAGGUUUUAUCAGUAAAUAUUUACUAUAGCGUGUACUGUACCUGACAGUAUUUACAUUCUUCAAAGGUCUGACCUGCUGUGAAAUUACUCUUCGCCUUGACUGACCUCCAGAAAAAUGCCCUUACAACUUGAGGGGAUGUCCAGCAGGAAGAGGAGACCUAACUGGACAGACCAGGAGUGUCUUCUUCUUACACAGCUAAUGCAAGAGAGAAAGGACAUAAUCAGAGGGAAGUGCAGCACUGGGGUUUCAAUACAGGAUAAGAGACAAGCUUGGGAGGAAAUAGCCCAAGCCAUCAACAAUGCCUUUCCACAGAUGCAGCGUACAGUUUCUGACUGUAACAAGAAGUGGGAAAAUCUGCUGGCAAAGGCCAGGGAGGAGAUCAAACGACUGAGAAGGCAAGCAGGCACAGAUAGCCUGACCCUUGAACAGUUAAGUACUGUGACUCAAGUAGUGAUUUCUGUGAUGAACCUCUCAGAGAUGCUGCAGAAAGACUCUUCAAUCUCAGACAUGGUGGAAACUCAACAAAACAGCUGUGACGAGGAUGGACAUGAGCACACGAUGGAUGAAACAUUCUCAGACAAACUUCCAGUGAGACAGAUUGAGCUUCCUACAUAUCCAGAUCAGUCCUCCUCUCCAGCAGACCAGAAAAUGGCAGUAUUUACUAACGUCCCGAAAGCACUUGCAGUGAAUUUUAGUCCUCAUCGCGCUGCCGACUUUUCUGCCUCUGCAGAGCACCUAGAUACUCUCUGCUCUACUACCCCACCCUCAGUACACUGCACUACUUUGCAAGAGCGAAUGGAUCUGGAGAUGUCUGUGCUGAGAAGACAAGAGGCAGUCCUCAAGCUGCAAGAGGAGUAUUACACACUAAAAAUUAAGCUGAUGAAAAAGCAAAUGGGAGAGCCACUUUCAAAGAACUGAAGUGACUGUAGAAAACAACCAGUUGCACUUAUUGGUAGCUUGUGCUUGCCUGUGAAAUGUGUAUAUUCACGUCAAUGAAUAUUCAUAACCUCGAAAUACUUUCCCAGGUGAAUGCCAUGUACCAUAUUACUGUGGAAUUACAACUAUUACACUUUAAAAUUCUCUAAAUCCAAAUUAUUCUAUGUAGGAAGUAUGAAUGAGUUUAGUUUAUGUGGCAGGGAAGCCCAGCUCUUAUGUAUAGUUUUACACUGAGAAAUGUUUAUUUGCAGAUUCAUGCCAUUUACUCCUAAGUGCAAAUUUGGAAGCUGUAAAUGUUUGACCUAUACCAAUAUACAUAUUUAUGAAAAUUGAACCUAGUCUUGCCAAUGUAAGUAAAGCUACAAUAAUGUCCUGUCUAGACAAAUGUAGUAAUUUGUGCGUAAUAUUUCUCAUAAAUCCGUUUAUUUGUAAGUGACGGGGGUUGGCACCCAGAUGUAAGCACUGGAGCCCAGAGUGUUGAAUAAAAGUCUGUUAUUUGCUG